AUGUACUCAGUUACAGUGGAUUGUGAGGGGCAACAAUCAAAUGAAUUGACCGGUUAUAUCCCUGGGGUCAGUGGUAUGACACCAAUAAAUGUAACGAACUGCAUAAACGAUGAAAUUCGUAAGAAUCCUUCACUAUCGAACCCUCUUGAGUGUGCUCGUCCCUGUCAUGUGUCGGAUAAGCCGAAAACGUGUUACUAUCAUUUUGUAAUUGAACGUUAUCAAGUCAAUGGACAAGCGUGUAGUCUUUGUUUCCCCAAUGUUACCAAUUCGAUUUGUCCGAAUUGUCAGUGUAUACCCGGUGACGGGGUGAAUCGUAUGGCUUUAACUGUGAACAGAAUGAUACCAGGACCAAGUAUACAAGCUUGUCUAAAUGAUUCUAUCGUAAUAGACGUUACAAACAAGGUGCUAGAAGAUGCUGUGACGAUCCAUUGGCAUGGACUGUUCCAGCAUGAGUCUCCAUACUACGAUGGUGUACCUAGUGUAACACAGUGUCCAAUCUUAACUGGAACUACCUUCAGAUAUCAAUAUCGCGUAGCGAACCCCGGCACUCAUUUUUGGCACGCUCACACAGGGUUGCACAAGAUGGAUGGCAUUUUUGGUAGUUUGAUUGUCCGAGUUCCAAGGAAAAGUGACCUUAAUAGACGUUAUUUCGAUACUGAUUUGGCAAGUCAUGUUCUGGUUAUCAAUGACUGGAUGAAUGAAGAAGCCACAGAGAGAUAUCCAGGGCGUUCAACAAAUGGUAUAACUGGACAACUACCCGAUGCGCUGCUGAUUAAUGGAAAGGGACUUAUAGGCGCUAAUAAUACCAUUCUAACUCAAGCUCAUCCAGACAUUGUAGUAGAACCAAAUACACGUCAUCGUUUCCGGUUAAUUAAUUCUUUUUGCACCGUUUGUCCGGGUCAAUUAACGAUCGAAGGUCAUAACUUGACCGUGAUAGAGUCAGAUGGUCAGCCUAUUAGGCCUUUCGUUGUAACGUCCAUAGUUUCGUUCCCAGGUGAACGAUACGAUUUCGUCAUAAACACCAAUCAACGUCCUGGUGCUUAUUGGAUACAGUUACGUGCAUUGGACAAUUGCGAUAGUAAUAAGACUCAACAAUUAGGUAUAUUGCAAUAUUUAGGUGCGUCUAAGAAACCAACAAGUCCUGUACCCACCUACAGUGGCGGUCUUGCGCCAGGAGUUGUUUUAAAUCCAUUGGAUGUUAGCUGCAAUACUCAAAAUCCUAAAGCAAUAUGUAUCAAUAAAUUGAGAAAUGCGAUUCCGAUUGAGAGUGGUCUCACGGAACCAACGACAGAUGUGCAAUUUAUCAUACCUAUAGGUUUCGUCGUUAUUCCACCAGAUCAACUAUUUCGACCGAAUCAAUAUAGAUCUUUUCUAUAUCCCGGCGGUGUCGAUGUGGCAGCAACAUUAAACGGAAUAACAUAUCAACAGGCACCUUCACCGCCAAUUUCUCAACCCAACGAUGUACCCCCAAGUCAGUUUUGUGAUGGUGAUCGGUCUAAUUGCACCGAUUGCACUUGUUCGCAUAUGUUGAGAAUUCCACUGAACGCUACCGUGGAAAUAAUACUGGUCGAUACGUCUCAAAUUCCACGUCUCACGCAUCCCUUCCAUAUGCAUGGAUUCGCAUUUAGAGUUUUAAGUAUGGAUCAACCAUUAGGACCUUAUUCUAACACGGGGAAUGGCUCAACGAUCGAUGUUGAUUUUGUGAAACAACUCGACAGCAGCGGGAAAAUAAAAAGAAAUUUCAAGUCUGCUAGCAAGGAUACUCUUGCUGUUCCGAAUAAUGGAUAUACCGUGAUUCGAUUCCGCGCAAACAAUGCAGGAUAUUGGUUCUUCCACUGUCAUUUUGUUUAUCAUCAAAUGGCCGGUAUGGAGCUUAUUCUUAAGGUUGGAGAGCAAAGUGAUUUACCUCCCGUACCUCCAAAUUUCCCGAGAUGCGGCAAUUUCAAAGCUCCUAUCAAGGGAUUAGACGAUAGCGACGAAUCAAGCUCCGAGGAGGAAACAUUUUCAUCGGAAUUAAAUCUAAUGAGCGAAGUUAGCACAUGGAUUUCUUCACAACUUUCAUCAGAGACUGAUUUACUUAAUUUAUAA